AUGGAGGCACCAGGUGAGGGUGAGGUAGAGGUCGAAGAAGCCUCCGAGCUGAAGAGCCACGGAAAUGCCGCCUACUCCAGAAAUGAUGUGGAGGAGGCCGUGCGGCUCUGGAACCUGGCCAUUCGAAAGCAUGUACAGGAGCUUUCAGAUGGUAAGCCUUGUGAUGAGGAGGCUACAACAUUGGAGCGCUCAAUUUACCUCAACUUGGCGCAAGGAUACUUGAAGCUUGGUGACGGUGAGCGAGCCCUACGAGCGUGCAAGGUUGUGCUUUUCACCGACCAGGAGAAUGACAAGGCACGUUUCCGGGCGGCCGAGGCGUGUCUGCAGUUGGGACGAUCUCAGGAGGCAGAGCAGUGGCUGUCCAAGCUGGACCUGCCAGAGGCUUCCAAGAUGCUUCAAAGAAUUCGAUGGAAGUCGCGAGCAGAGGCUGCCAAAGAUAGCAAGCAAGAUGCUGCCGCGCGCAAGAAGCUAGCAGAGAAGAUGAGUGCCGGUCUAUCAGGUUUCUCUGAGGACAAGCCACCACCUGUUCCGCAGGAGACAGUGGGCAUGACAGAUCUGGACACGGUGUCCAACAUGACGGACAUCUCGGCAGAAGUUGCCCAGGCGGCAAAGAAUCGCUUGGCCCGCAUGGAGGCAGCUGCUGAAGGGGAGCAGCCUCUACCUGAGCCAACCUACACAGACUUUGAGUCUUUUCGUGCCAAGGCCCAACAAGUCAGAAGUACUCGACGGCCGCCGAGAGAAGCCGGAAACAAAGUGAGGCAUCUCAGCGCUCUGUGCGGCUUGACUGGCUGCGCCAGGGUCAUACAGGGCACUUGGAGGACUUCACCUCCGCCUUGCGAGAAGAGUUGCAGAACAUACAGGAUGAGGAGGCUGCAGAGGCGGAGCCAGAAGCAGGUCAAGAUGGCAAUGCAGAAAUGGAUGAGAUGGACUGAGAAGAAGCGUGCAAAGCAUCACGCUGACAUCGAUCUCAACAGCCGCUAG